AUGGGUGAACGGAAAGGGCAGAAUCUGUACUAUCCCCCCGAUUAUGAUCCAAAAGUCGGGGGGCUGAAUAAGUUCCAAGGAACUCAUGCACUCCGAGAAAGGGCGAGGAAACUCCACAUGGGGAUAUUGAUCAUUAGAUUUGAGAUGCCCUACAACAUUUGGUGCGAAGGCUGCAAAAAUCACAUUGGCAUGGGGGUGCGUUACAAUGCAGAAAAGAAGAAAGUUGGAAUGUACUACACUACACCAGUUUAUCAAUUUCGCAUGAAGUGCCACCUUUGCGACAAUCACUUUGAAAUUAAGACUGACCCAGGUAACCUAGACUAUGUAAUAGUUUCUGGAGCCAGACGUCAAGAAAAUAGAUGGGAUCCAACUGAGAAUGGCCAAAUUGUUCCUGACACUAAGGAAACUCAAAAGCGUCUCUUCGAUGAUGCUAUGUUCAGAUUAGAACACAAGACUGGGGAUAUAGAUACCAGUAAAUUAGACAAGCCCCGUCUUGGCAAACUUGUUGGCAGGAACGAGACUGUGUGGAAAGAUGAUUAUGAAGCUAAUUGCUCCUUGCGCAGAAACUUUAGGAAAAGGAGAAAAGAAUUAGAGGAGGCAGCGGUAAACGACGGCUACCUUCUGGCCAAAUCGUCACUCGACAUUGCUUUACUGCCAGAGAGCGAGGAGGACAGGAAUCUUGCGUCGCUCCUCUCUCUCAGACCAUCGCGUAGUAUAGAGGAGUCUCGCAACGUAGCUCGCAGUAAGAUCCUGAACAGUCCCGCUUUACCGAGCUCCAGCGGUCUGAUUACCAGUUUCGGAGGUCUCAAAAAGGAGGAAUCGCUGAGCAAAAACUCCCCGCUUACGAGAAAUACGCUAGGCAUAACAUUGAAAAGGAACAAAUCGAGCGAGAAGGAAGACAGUAAUACAAUGUUGCAAGUCGAUAACACAGAAGCAAAUGUUGAAUCAAAGAAAGAAGUAGAUGCUAUGUCUAAUAACCAGAGUUUAGAUGUCAAUAAUGCUGAGGCUAAUUCUGCAACAUUGACAGCUGGUGGUGCUUUAUCUUUGGUUGGAGAUUAUGGUUCAAGCGGUGAAGGUUCAGAA